AAGCCGCCGGAGCGCGAGGUAGGUGGCAGGAAGCAUCCUGCCGCCCCUAGUCGCUAUGGGAAGCCGGCCGUUCCUCCUGUGGAGCCCGCCCCUCCUCGCCCGCCGCUUGGCUCCCACCGUUCAGGCGCGGGAAGGCUGGCCCCGGAGCCCCGCGCGACCCCGGGCUGCCUUCUGCUGAGCCUGCCCCGGCGUCCCUCCAGCCUCGCCUGCCCUGUGCCGCUCCCGCUUCGUUCGCCGCCCUCCGCUCGGCAAUGGGGCCGCGGCGCUGCUAGAUGGGCAGCUCUUCUGGCGGCGGGCAAGGCACGACCGUCUCCGCUCCCGGCCUCCAUGGCUGUGUAGCGGCCUCCGAGCGCGCAGAGAGCAUCCCCCCCGCGCCCAGCGCCAGCCAUGGGGGCCUUUGCGGCCAAAGCAGCUGGGGCUGUUGCAGCUGCCGCCGCCGCCGCCGCCGCCUUCCCCAGUCCCCUCCGAGGAGCCGCGAUCGUCUCCAGCCUUCUUGUGGGCUUUAUGUUUCUUGGCACCAUUGAUGCUCGGUCGGAGUUAACAUCUGAACAGAAUGCCAUAAGCCUCUCUUUUGGCACAUACAGCCACCUUGAUCCUGCCACUAACAUAGAGCUGACCUGUGACAAGUGUCCUGCAGGAGCCUAUGUAUCCAAGCACUGUACAAUGACCAGCUUAAGAGAGUGCAGCCAUUGUGCCAGCGGGACCUUCACAAAGCAUGAAAAUGGUAUAGAGAGCUGCCAUUUGUGUAGAAAACCUUGUGAGCCACCAAUGGUUGAGAGAAUACGUUGCACUGCUUUGACGGACCGUGAGUGCGCCUGUCCAUCUGGCAGCUUUCUAGACGGUAAAACUUGCACCCCUUAUUCAGUUUGUCCCAUUGGAUGGGGUGUAAGAAAGAAAGGAAGUGAAACCGAAGAUGUCAAGUGCAAACCAUGCCCCCGUGGCACUUUCUCUGAUGUGCCUUCCAGUGUGUUGAGAUGCAAAAUGUUUACCAACUGUACCCAAAACAACCUGACUUUGCUAAUACGAGGAACAAAAGAGAGGGACAACAUCUGUGGAUUUCAGUCAACGACUUUUCCUCCCAAAGGUGUGAACUCUUCAGCUUCCAGCUUUGCUGCCACUCCUCCCCCAAGUACGUAUGCUGACAUUGUGGAGCCAACAGACACUUACAACAGAACCUCAAAGAAUGAGAUAGUACCUGUCAAUGUGACUGCGGUGGAGUAUCCUAAGCCUUUAAAUCACCAGCAGAUUUAUUACCACAAACACACUCCUUCCAUUGUUAAAAUACAGCCAGCACUGGAAAUGAGUAGCAGUGCAAAAUCCAGCAUUCCGUAUAAACCCCCCAAAAGAGGAUCCCCAAGACAAACCACUCACAAGCAUUUUGACAUCAAUGAACACUUGCCAUGGAUGAUAGUGCUGCUGCUGCUGCUGGUUCUAGUCGUGAUAGUUGUAUGCAGUGUCCGGAAAAGUUCACGGACUCUAAAGAAAGGACCAAGGCAAGAUCCCAGUGCAAUUGUAGAAAAGUCUAUUUUGAAAAAAUCUUCCACCACCACCCAGAACAGGGAGAAAUGGAUUUGCUAUUGCAAUGGACAUGGAAUAGACAUCCUGAAGCUGGUGGCAGCUCAGGUUGGAAGCCAGUGGAAGGAUAUCUACCAAUUCCUGUGUGAUGCAAGUGAGCGAGAGGUGGCAGCUUUUGCCAAUGGAUAUUCCGCGGAUCAUGAAAUGGCUUAUGCUGCUUUGCAGCACUGGACCAUCAGGGGGCCUGAAGCCAGCCUUGCCCAGUUGAUCAGUGCCCUCCGCCAGCAUAGACGCACAGAUGUGGUGGAAAAGAUCAGAGGUUUGAUGGAAGAUACGACACAGGUAAUGCCAGAUUGUGUUUCUGUAGGUGGUUAAGUGCACCAAUAUAAU